AACUUUAAAGGGGAAGAUAUAAAUGAAAUAAUCAAAUCGGUGAGUGAUAAUUUAUUUAGUAAGAUGAUGCUUGACAGAUGGAUAAAACUGCACGGACAUGGCGAAACACCGGUGCACACUUUAAAGGACCAUUUAUCCUAUUAUUUGGGAAAAUUAAAAAGUCCGUAUAGCGUUGAUGGAAACAUUGAGAAGCAACAAGUGCGGAGCAGCAAUCAUAGUAUUAACACAACCAUCAGGAUCAUGGAGGAUUAUCAGAAUAGGCUGUUUUUCUACUACGUCAUAGGAAAUGAAUUGCCGCACUUACAUCAUGACUCUCUUAUAAAUGUAAGCGAAUGUGCGUUUAUCUUAUUUGUAAAUGAGCCAGUUAUUAUGGAUGAGCCUCAGUUAAAUAGAUGUGUUCUCGAGUCAGGGAUACUCAGGGUGAGAGCCCACAGAUAA